AUGCUUCCCCGGCUUCUAUAUUCAGAUUCCCCUCUACUGUUAGGUCGAUUGAGAAAAAAGAGAAAAAGGGAAGAGCAAAAAGGUGCGAGGAAGGGAAAGCAGAGCAAAAUUGAACAUCAAAGUAGCAAACAAGAAGCCCAAAUGAACAAGGUUUACCCUGAUCAGGAACCCACUUCCUCUCCCUGCACCUCCAAUGGACCAAAAACAUACACCCUCUGGAUGAAAUCACUUGUUCUCAACUCUAACGGUUGCACCGUCUACGAUUCCAACGGUCUCAUCGUUUAUCGCGUUGAUAACUAUGACACAAAGGGUAGCAGAGACGUGAACCUUUUGGAUCUCCGAGGCAAAGUUCUGAGCACCAUACACAAGAGACUACUUGCUUUUGGACGUUGGGAUGUCUACAGAGGUAGCGAUAAUUCUAAAUGUGAGAUCCAGGAAAAGCCUUGGUUUCAAGUUAAACGAUGUUAUAAGAUGAACACAGGAAAAUUAAGGUGCCAGAUUAGUACGGUGGAGUGCCAAAAAUACUGCAUAGAGAAAAUCGGUGGCAAAACAGCGUUUCAGAUUGUCAACGUAGAUGAUGGGGACAUAGUUGCUCAUGCAAAGCAAAAGCACUCAUCAUCGGGAGUGGUACUGGGCAGUGAUGUUCUAACUUUGGAUGUGGAGGGUGGAAUUGAUCAUUCUCUUGUAAUGGCUUUCGUCAUCGUUUUCGGAUUAAUCUGCGGCAGAAUGCCAGAACUGUCUUGUCAUCAGGUUGAUCCUGAUCCUGAUCCUAAUUCGCCACAAAAUAAGCAAACAAGUAGCGCUGAAGAAGAGUAA